AGCCUCGCCGAAAUGAAAUCCCGCGACGCCAUCGUCCUCAUCGUGUGCCUCAUCACCGUCUUCGCGCUCCUCUUCGCCUGGUGCUGGUACAAGGCGGCGACGCGCGCCGUCACGGCCGAAGUCCACGAGAUGCGGUAUCGCAAGGACGUCGAGGCUGCUGCUGCUGCUGCUGCGGCUUCGUUGCAGGAAUAUGCGUCGAUUUGGGCACACUUGCGCACCGGGAAGAGCGAGCGAGGCCACUUCACGCUCUGGAUCAAUUGCAUGGAGUUUGCCUACACCUCGUGGGCACGGAAACUUUUAACAGCUGCGUUGUUUGAUACUCGGACUCGGACUAGCAGGGGCGGACUACGGACGGAUUAGCCAAUGGAAGGAAAUACAAUGGCUUUACCUACG